UCGUGAUCUCGGGUCGUGACUGUGCGCUGUCCGGCUCCACGGGACCGAAGGACUGUGUAUCCGUGUCUUCGCACUCCAGCCGUCUUCCUCUGCCUAUGUAGGCAGGGCGGCUAGGGAGUCCCGUGCUGGCCCGGUUUUCCCGGUGUGAUGCGGGCCGAAGGGGCAGGAAGUGGGCUGCCAAAUGCCCAGUGUCUGGAGUAGGAUCUGCUUCAGCACGGGAAGGGCGGCGGCUGUCCCAUUAGUCAGUCCUUGACUUACUGGUCCUCCCAGUUCCCUCCUCUCGGCGGAUAAACAAACACCAGCGCGUGACUCGACUGACUCGAAAACAGCUUCACCUACUCAGUAAAGUUGUUUCCUCCCCAAACGUAAACUUUACUGCCGGCACGUAUCGGAGCUUUUUCCAUUCCCUUGCUCAAACGGGAGAUUGGGGUCGCGGGUUUAAAAAUAGAAUCCUGCUUAGCUGUUGUUGCCCCUUGUGGGGGGGGGGGCAUUAAUUCCAUUUACUGAGGCUUACAGCGUACUAGGCGCUUUGUAUUUCUUUGUGACCAUUUAAUUUCUGCAGUGACCCCACAAAAUACGUAAUUAGGUUUAGAGUUCAAGCUACCGAAAGUAAGGUAAACAGCAAAAAGUAAGUUUCCCUGCCACGUUUCCACAGUGUACCCACUGUUUCUUCUGUGUUUUUUCCGACGCAUUUUAUACCUGUAUAUUGUUGUAUGUGCGUAUCUUUUAAAAACAUAUUUGGGAGCGACUCGUCCUGCAUCUUUGUUCUACUCAUAAUAACAUCCACAUUGAUACGAAAAGGUCAGCCGGGCUCGUUCAUCUUCAGUGUGGCGUGGUCCCCCGGGAAUUGUCCUCAUUACCCACCCAGACAAGGGCACGCUGGGGCUUAGUUCUGGGACUCGCCCGGGCUCAGGGCGACCAGGAUUGCGAGCUUGGCUCCUCCGUGGCGGUCGGGGCUGGCGGCUGGGCCCCGCGGGCGGCAGGAAGUGCCGCGCGCUGACUCGCCGGCGACACCCCCGCGGCUACUAAACGCGGGACAGAGGCACAACACGCGCUUCGCAGCCGGGUCUCCUCUCCACUGGGUGAGGGCGGCAGGUGGCGGCGCGAUGGACUUGGCCGGGCUCCUGCUGGACGAAGAAGGCACCUUCUCCCUCACGGGCUUCCAGGACUUCUCGUUCCUCCCUGGACACCAGAAGCUCAGCGCUCGGAUCCGAAGGAGACUCUACUAUGGCUGGGACUGGGAAGCUGACUGCAGCUUGGAGGAACUCUCCAGCCCCGUGGCAGACAUUGCUGUGGAACUGCUCCAGAAGGCAGCCCCCAGCCCUAUUCGCCGGCUCCAGAAGAAAUACGUAGCUCAUGUGUCCCGGGAGGCGUGCAUCUCCCCGUGUGCUAUGAUGCUUGCUCUGGUGUACAUUGAACGGCUCCGCCAUCGAAACCCAGACUACCUACAGCACGUGUCGUCCUCUGACUUGUUCCUGAUCUCCAUGAUGGUGGCCAGUAAGUACCUCUAUGAUGAAGGGGAGGAGGAGGAGGUCUUCAAUGAUGAAUGGGGAGCUGCAGGGGGUGUGGCCGUGCCCACUCUCAAUGCCCUGGAGAGGGGCUUCCUGAAUGCCAUGGAUUGGCGUCUUUACACUGACCCUCGGGAGAUCUUUGAGGUGCUGAGCUGGCUGGAGAGCUGUGUGGCUGAGCAGCAGGGACGGCGGCGGGGCUGGUACACCUACACAGACCUGUGUGUGCUGCUGGAGCAGCCGGCCUGGCAGUUGGCCCUGGGCUCCCUCUGCCAGCGGCUGGCAAAGCUGUCUUGCCUGUUAGCUAUGGCAUAUGUGAGCAGUGUGGCCUUGGCUGUGGCGUCGCUGGCUGUAAUUCACCAGUCCUUGGGGCUGCCCUGCAGCCCCUCGCCCGGCCCCCCGGACCUUGGACUGGCCUCCAGGUGCCUCUUGGAACCCUGCAUACCUUCUCCCGUGCCACAGUGCCUGCCAUGUCCUGUUAACGUCUCCAGCUGCCUGGAUGGUGACACAGGGCUGCGUUCACUCUGGGGCAGUCUUCUGGCUUCACUGACUCCUCCACCAUUGCCUCCCCCAGACCCUCCUGCCCCUCCCACUCUUUUCCAUAACUGUCCCCUUUGCCAGAAGCUCCAGAGAGACUCCCCAAGCUGCCACGCCUGCCACCACUCCAACCAUACUGUCUCCACUGGGUCUCCCAGCCCUGGGUACCACUCCCGUGGCCUGGCUCCACCCUGGCUCUGGAGUCCAAUGCCCCCCCUGCUCCCCCCGCCCCAGCAGUGUUCCCUUUUCAGUGUCAUGGAGCUAGCCCGUCUCAAGUCUUUCAUUUUCCCGGGCUAG